AUGAGGGCGACACCAAGAGUAGAAAUUUGGAAGUCACCAAUACCAUAUCUCUUUGGUGGUUUGUCUUUGGUUCUUUUGCUUAUAGCUCUAGCAUUGUUCUCAUUGGUCUGCAUACACAAAAAAUCUGCUUCUUCUAACAAUACCUAUUCUGUCGAGGAAGAAGACGAUGCCGGAGACAAAGAAGCUAAGACUGUUAUGGGAGAAUACUUACCUAAGAUCGUCGUGAUUUUAGCCGGAGACGACCAACCUACUUGCUUGGCCGUUCCGGUGAUUCCUACGUUGUCUUCCAUUUAUCCUUGUAAUUGCGGCAAUGUUACUGUCGUCUCAACCUAA